AUGAAAAGACAUGGCCAAGAGAAAGAAAAGUCGAGCUGUUUCAACUUUUGCUUUGGAGUAAAAGAGCCCAUCUCCCGAAUCUCGAUAAAAGUCAAAGCAAAAGUUAAAGGAGCCAGCAGGAGAGUCACUUCUUUUCGACAUAAAAGACAGAGAGUUAACUCUAUCAGUGAAAAACCCGACUUAGAAUUAGCAUCAGUUCGAUCAGGCUAUGAGUUGUACCAGCAGGGCGACGCAGUUCGACAGGCGAAAGCAGUCAAAUACCUCAAGCAGCAAAAGCCCAAGCUUUUCGAAGAAAAGGAGAACAACGAGCCAAGCGAUCUACACGAAAAAUCUCCUCCACUGGGUGCAUUUAAACUCAAGUCGCACGGCUGCCACUUCAGUUCUGCAAGCACCAGACAACUCUUAGUCAUGGCGCUUUGGGAUCCCGAGGCUGCCGGCAAUGCCGCCGUUUAUCUUCGACUCGACAACAUGAAGUUGAUCGAUAUCCGAAACGCUCCAUUCGAGGGUAAAACCGCCGUUUGGGUCCCUUAUUCCGAAACCGGUUACACUAAGGGUAAAAAGCUUGGCGAAAAGGACGGCAAGAUCGAGGUUGAGCGACUUGUCGAUGGAAAAGUCAAGCAGUACAAGCCCGAUCAGGUUGAGCCCCAGAACCCUCCAAAGUACGAACUUUUGGAGGAUAUGGCUAACAUGACAUACCUGUCUGAGGCUUCUGUUGUCCAUAACUUGAACAGCCGAUACACUCUCUUCCUUAUCUACACCUACUCCGGUCUUUUCUGUGUCACCGUCAACCCCUACAAGUGGCUCCCCGUGUACGAUAACCACGUCGUCCUCUGCUACUACAACAAGCGUCGAACUGAAAUGCCUCCCCACGUUUAUUCUGUCGCUGAUAAUGCGUACCAAGAUAUGCUUCGAAACUCCGAGAACCAGUCUAUGCUUAUUACUGGUGAGUCCGGAGCUGGUAAAACCGUCAACACGAAGCGAGUCAUCCAGUUCUUUGCUGUCGUCUGUGCUCUCGGCGACAAGACUUCUUCUAAGAAGGAUGAUGCUCCCUCUCUCAAGGGUGGCGGAACCCUUGAAGAUCAGAUCGUCGCUGCUAAUCCUGCUAUGGAGGCCUUCGUCGCAUACAACGUUAUUGAUUGGCUCUUGAAGAACAAGGAUCCUCUCAACGGCUCCCUUGUCACCCUUUUCAAGAACGCGUCCGUUCCUGUCUUCAAGAAGAUUUGGGAAACCUACGUUUCUGCUGAUGACGCGCCAAAAGGUGGCGGAAAGAAGGGCGGUAAACGACAGAAGGGUGGUUCCUUCCAGACUGUCUCUGCCCUUCACAGAGAGUCCCUUCUCCGAUUGAUGACCAAUCUCCACGCCACUCAGCCUCAUUUCGUCAGAUGUAUCAUUCCUAAUGAACAGAAACGACCCGGUUACAUGGAUAACAACCUUGUCCUCCAUCAGCUUCGAUGUAACGGUGUCUUGGAAGGUAUUCGUAUUUGUCGAAAGGGUUUCCCAUCUCGAGUCGAGUACGGCGACUGGAAGCAGAGAUACGCUAUCCUCAACCCCAAUGCUGUUCCAAAAUCUGGCUUUAUUGACCCCAAAAAGGCUUGUGAAAAGAUUCUUGCCACUCUUCCAUUCGAUUCCGCUGUCUACCGAUUCGGUCACACCAAGCUUUUCUUCAAGGCUGGUAUUAUUGGUGCUUUGGAAGAUCUUCGAGAUGACAAGAUUGCUGAAAUUCUCACCAAGCUCCAGACUCGAAUGCGAUUCAAUCUUUCUCGAGCUGCUUUCUUGAAAACUAUCAAGGAACGAGAUGGCGCUGUUGUCAUCCAGUCCAACUGGAGAGCAUACAUCACCUUGAAGGAUUGGGAAUGGCAGAAGCUCCUUUUCAAGAUCCGACCACUCCUCAACACUGCUGAAAAGAAGGCUGAGUUCGACGAACUCCUCAAGGAAUACGAAGAGAUGAAGAAGGAACUCGAAGUUGAGACCAAGCGACGAAAGCAACUUGAACAAGAGUACUCCAAGUUUAUCCAGCUCAAGAACAAACUCAUCUCCGAGUUUGCCGGUGAAACUGACGCUCUCCAGGAUGCUGAGGACCGAGCUGAGUCUCUUAUGAAGUCCAAGAUCGAUCUCGAUGGAAAGAUCAAGGAACUCAACGAGCGACUUGAAGACGAAGAGGAAAUCAAUGUCGACCUUCAGAACAAGCGACGAAAGCUUGAGACUGAGUGCAAGGAACUCCGAAAGGACAUUGAUGACCUUGAAGGAACACUUUCUAAGGUCGAAAAGGAGAAAUCCACCGUCGAAGCUGAUGUUCGAGCGAAAACCGAUGAGCUCUCUGCUCUUGAAGAUACCAUCGCCAAGCUUCAGAAGGAAAAGAAGGCCCUCCAAGAAGCUCACCAGCAGGCUCUUGAUGAUCUUCAGGCUGAAGAAGAUAAGGUUAACUCCCUCUCCAAGGCCAAGAAUAAGCUCGAACAACAAGUUGAUGACCUCGAACAGUCUGUUGAGACUGAGAAGCGAUCUCGACUGGAUCUUGAACGACUGAAGCGAAAGCUUGAAGGUGAUCUCCGACUCGCCCAAGAAACCAUCAUGGAUCUUGAAAACGAUAAGCAACGACUUGAAGAGAAACUCAAGAAGGCUGAAUUCGAGUACAACCAGCUCUCCACUCGAUAUGAGGACGAGCAGGCUCUUGUCGCUCAACUUCAGAAGAAGAUCAAAGAGCUCAUGGCCCGAAUCGAAGAACUCGAGGAAGAACUCGAAGCCGAGCGAGCUGCCAAGGCCAAGUCCGAGAAGUCUCGAUCCGAUCUUUCUCGAGAACUUGAAGAGCUUUCCGAGCGACUUGAAGAAGCCAACGCCCAGACUCAGGCUCAAAUUGAGAUCAACAAGCGACGAGAAGCUGAGCUUGCCAAGCUUCAGCGAGAUCUUGAAGAGCACAACAUCGCUCACGAAUCAACCCUCUCUGGUCUCCGAAAGAAGCACGCCGACUCUUCGUCUGAGCUCACUGAAACCAUCGACAACCUUCAGCGAGUCAAGACUAAGCUCGAAAAGGAGAAGUCUGAGCUCAAGAUGGAAGCCGACGAUCUUGUCUCCAAUGUUGAGUCCCUUACCAAAUCUAAGACUACAUACGAAAAAUCUUGCCGACACCUUGAAGAUCAGUACGCUGAGCUCAAGAUGAAAUUCGAAGAGCAGGAGAAAGCACUAUCUGAUUCUGCUGCUAAUAAGGCUCGACUUUCAACUGAGAUGAACGAGCUUCGACGAACCUUAGAAGAAAAAGAGCAGAUAAACAAUCAGCUCACUCGACAGAAGAACUCUGUUUCUCAGGCUAACGAUGAGCUCCGACGAUCCCUUGAUGAAGAAGUCAAGGGCAAGAACGCCCUCGUCCACCAGGUCCAGGCUGCCAAGCACGAUCACGAACUCCUUCGAGAACAGUAUGAUGAAGAAGUUGAAGCCAAGAACGAACUUCAGCGACAGCUCUCCAAGUCUAACUCUGAGUCUUCUCAGUGGCGAACCAAGUAUGAGACCGAUGCCAUUCAGCGAACUGAAGAACUUGAGGAUGCUAAGAAAAAGCUUUCUGGUCGACUUGGGGAAGCCGAAGAAUCAGUUGAAGCCGCUCUUGCUAAGUGCUCUUCUCUUGAAAAAUCCAAGGGUCGACUUCAGUCUGAGAUCGAAGAUUUGACUGUUGAACUUGAGCGAGCUAAUGCCGCUGCUUCGGCUCUCGAGAAGAAACAGCGAUCAUUCGACAAGAUUCUUGAGGAAAACAAGGCGAAACAGGACGAAAUCAACGCGGAGCUUGAGAAGGCCCAGAAGGAAUCCCGAGAGGCUUCCAACGAAGUCUUCAAGAUGCGAAACGCCUACGAGGAAGCUGUUGACUCUCUUGAGUCUGCUAAGCGAGAGAACAAACAGGUCCAGGAAGAAAUUGCUGAUCUUACUGAUCAGGUCGCUGAGGGAGCCAAAUCCAUCUCUGAACUUGAAAAGGCCAAACGAACAAUUGAAGUCGAACGAAACGAGCUUGCCGCUUCUCUUGAAGAAACCGAAGCUGCUGUCGAAUCUGAAGAAGCUAAAACUCUCCGAAUCACCGUUGAACUCCAGCAAAUCAAGAGUGAAUCCGACCGACGACUCCAGGAGAAGGACGAAGAAAUGGACAACAACCGACGAAAUGCUAGCCGAACUGUUGAGGCCAUCCAGUCUCAGCUUGACUCUGAAAUCCGAUCCCGAUCUGAAGCCGUCCGAAUCAAGAAGAAGCUUGAGGGAGAUAUCUCUGACAUUGAGAUUCAGCUGGCUCAUGCCAACCGACAGCUCAACGAUGCCCAGCGACAGAACAAGGACAUCAUGGGCCAGAUCAAGGAUGCCCAGAUGGCCCUUGACGAGUCCGAACGAAUCUUCGACGAAGUUAAGGAACAAUCCGCUGUUACCGACCGACGAGUUAACCUUCUCCAGGCUGAAAUUGACGAACUCCGAUCCGCUGUUGAGCAGGCCGAGAAAGGCCGAAAGGCUGCCGAACAGGAACUCAUGGAAGCCAACGAACGAGCCAACCUUCUCCAUACCCAGAACACCGCCCUCGCCAACCAGAAGCGAAAACUCGAGCAGGAACUCAUCGCUGUCGCUAAUGAAGUCGAAGAAGCCAUCCAGGAGGCCAAGAACGCUGAGGACAAGGCCAAAAAGUCCAUCCUCGAUGCUUCCAUCAUGGCUGAAGAUCUCAAGAAGGAACAGGAUGCCUCUGCGCAUCUUGAGCGCAUGAAGAAGAACCAGGAAGUCCAGCUCAAGGAACUCCAGGCUCGAUUGGACGACGCUGAACAGGUUGCCCUCAAGGGCGGCAAGAAGCACGUCCAGAAGCUCGAAGGCCGACUUCGAGAACUCGAAUCUGAGCUCGAUAACGAGCGACGACGCGGUGUUGACUCCCAGAAGGCUGUCCGAAAGAUGGAGCGCAAGGUCAAGGAAACCGUCUACGCCGGUGAAGAAGACAAGAAGAACCUUGGCCGACUCCAGGACCAGGCUGACAAGCUCCAGCUCAAGGUCAAGCAGUUCAAGCGAAUGGCUGAGGAACAGGAGGAAGCUGCUACCCAGAACAUGUCUCGAUACCGAAAGCUCCAGCACGAGCUCGAUGAGGCUGAAGAGCGAGCUGACAUGGCUGAAUCUACUCUUUCCAAGAUGCGAUCCAAGUCCAGCGCUUUUUAA